GCAAACAUUUCUCGUGUCGGACCGGCGGACCUUGUUAUCUUGUGUGUCGUGUACGUUUGUGUUUGGCGCGCUACUUCUGUUUCUGUUUCAGUCACGGAAUAAUGGUAGGCUGAUGCAAGUUACCUUUACAAAGUGAAGUUGUUCUAUUCUGAAUGACUUGAUAAACCAGUUUCCAAUCAGUUUAUUUUUGCCGACUGCCUGUCUUUCACGGCGACGGUGGCUAUCAGCUGGUCAAGUAUACUACAAGCAACAACACUCGGGAAGCCUCGCGAAGUACACUAGCAGCUAAGAAAUGGAUUCAGCGGAUCAGUCCGCGAUGGAAACGGAAUCCAGCGAGAGCUGCGACAACCAGGGACGGCAGCUGAGACGCGCCUACAGGGACCUCAUCAACGGCACCAUCUCCAAUGGGGAAGAGACCGUACCGUUGACGGUGACGCUGAAGAAAGCCAAAGACCUCUUCGGCAAGGUCACGCGGGUGCAGGAGGCGGCGCUGGACUCGGAACUGGUGCUCCUGUUGGCCUCGAAGGCGAGGAAAGCCGCCACCACGCUUCCCGUCAACUUCCACACUUUCGACCCGGAGGAUUUCCUGAACCGCGUCCGCAGAUACGUGACCGUGGCUCCCGGACGGGGGCCCCUCAACCAGAGGGCGUGGGCGAAGAUCGGCAAACGGGCGGAGCCGUUCGUACGUUCUAGCAACCCUCUCUGGUACACGUACGGUUCCAUGGGCAAAGACAUUCCGCGUCCGCCACGAGCUCCGCGCACUCGAAUGGUGGAGACUGGAAAUAAGGCUCCGACCAUUCCAAAUCAGGUCAAAUGCACGGACACGGCAAACAAGGAGACCACGACGGAACGCGUCGAACUGAUUCACAGGGCACUCAAGGGACUGCACCAGCUCUUAAAGCGGCCCCUGCCCUUCAUAGAGCUCGUCAUGCAUCCCGACUCGUUCGCCAAGACCUGCGAGAACAUCUUCCACACGUCGUUCCUGGUGAACGAGGGGCACGCGGACAUCUUCCGGGACGACCGGGGCGUCCUGAUGAUAGAGCCCGUCAGCCAGGUCAACAGCAUCUGUUCUCCGCAGCAGAAGGAAAACGUUUUCGUGAUGACCGUGACGCGACACCAGUGGCGAGACGCGGUGAAGAUGCUCGCGCUCAAGGAACCGGCCAUUCCGGACAGCCCGUGAAAUGAGUGGAGGGGGGGGGGGGGGUCGUCACCCGUGUGUUUCCACCGAUUUUUUAAAAUUUUUUUUAUAAGUUGAUAGCCUAUUUUUGUAUAACAAGCGCACUUAUGUGGGUUCAUCAUCUUGCUUAUCCCAGUCUUUCAUGUUUGCACCGAGCAUAAAGUCAUCACGGAGAACGCUCCA